GGAUGGAAUGAUGAUGGGAUGGAUAUGAAAAUGGGCCAGUGGGCAGGCAUGCGAGCCCCUCUUCUCAGCCUGGUCCUGCUAUUGCUGUUGCUGCUCUUCAAGCCACCACCCUGCUGCAGCCAGAACACCCAGGGGGCUCCUCAGGAUGGACCUCACUUUGGCUUCACUGAGGCUGUCUACCAUGCUACGGUUUAUGAAAACUCAGCAGCACGCACCUAUGUCAACAGUAAAGUUAAAAUGGGCAUCCACCAGGCCCUGCGCUCCUGGGAGAUCCGCUACAGGAUCACCUCAGGUGAUGAUGAAGGGUUUUUCAAGGCAGAAGAGUAUGUGCUGGGUGACUUCUGCUUUUUGCGCAUAAGGACUAAAGGUGGCAAUGCAGCUAUCUUAAACCGAGAGAUUCAGGAUAACUAUGUAUUGACAGUGAAAGCCUCUGUCAAAGGAGAGGCCCUCCUUGAGACCUGGACUAAAGUCAGCAUCCAGGUCUUGGAUAUGAAUGACCUGCGACCUUUGUUCUCACCCACCACUUACUCAGUCACAAUAGCGGAGAGCACCCCUCUCAGGACCAGCAUAGCACAAGUUACCGCCACUGAUGCAGAUAUUGGCUCCAAUGGGGAGUUCUACUAUUUUUUCAAAGAGAAAAUUGAGUUGUUUGCAGUAAACCCUACCAGUGGAGUGGUAUCUCUCAGUGGAAAGCUCAAUGUUGAUGAGCAGAACCGGUACGACUUAGAAAUCCUUGCUGUGGACCGCGGCAUGAAGCUCUAUGGAAAUAAUGGUGUCAGCAGCACAGCCAAGCUUUUUGUCCAUAUAGAGCGUGUGAAUGAGCAUGCCCCAGUCAUGAAUGUGGUAACCCACAGCCCCUUGUGGCUUGAUAAAAACCCUGUUUAUGCCAUGAUCACUGUUGAGGACUUAGAUGAAGGUUUAAAUGGAGAAAUAGACUCACUGGUCAUUGUGGGUGGAGAUCCCUCAGAGACGUUUUUUGUAGAAAGAUUUGAGGAAGGCGAGUUUGCAAUAAAAGCCUCUGAGUCUGUAAAUUGGAAGACCUACCCUUAUGGUUGUAACCUUACUUUGCAGGCUAAAGACAAGGGAAACCCACAGAAAUUCUCUGCCGUCAAGGUUGUCCACAUUAUGGUCAAAAAACAGCUGACAGUGGAAGCCAAGUUUGAGCGGGAGUUGUAUGAUGUUAGUCUGAAUGAGAUUUCACCACCUGGCACAAUUGUAGAGGCUGUUAAAAUCACGCCAGAGCCUGAUGAUGCAGAAUAUAUCCUGACACCCUCUGCUGAUUCAGCUUUUUUCCAAAUGAACACAGUAACAGGCGUAAUUUCCACCACUCGCUGGUUCACUCAGGUGGCCCAGCAUGUCUUUAAUCUUGAGGUAUUAGAAAUAGAUAGCGAGAUCAAAGUUAAAGUGCGAGUAAUCGUUGAGGAUGCCAAUGACAACACACCAACAUUUGAUCAGUCCUCUUAUGAGGUUUUGGUCAAUGAAAGUGUACCAGUUGGAACCAAUGUAUUAACAGUUUCUGCAGUGGAUGAGGAUAAAGGAGAAAAUGGAUACAUAACUUACAGCAUUUCCAGCCUUCAGCCAUUACCCUUCAAAAUCAAUCAGUUUUCUGGUAUCAUCAGCACUAUUAAAGAGUUGGACUUUGAAUCCUCAUCCGAGAGCUUUCUCUUUGUUGUUAGAGCAUCUGACUGGGGGUCACCUUACAGGCGGGAAAGUGAAGUCAAUGUAACAAUCCACCUGGAAAAUGUAAAUGAUAACCAGCCAUUGUUUGAGAAAGUUGCAUGCCAGGGUGUGAUCUCUAGGGAUUUCCCAGUGGAUGAAGUAAUUACAACAAUGUCUGCGAUUGAUAUAGAUGAGUUAGAGCUAGUAAAAUAUAAGAUCAUUUCAGGGAAUGAAUGGGGGUACUUUGACCUCAACCCGGAUUCAGGGGUUCUCUCACUGCAACGUUCACUUACCACAGCCAGUCCAAAGAAUGGUGUCUUUAGUCUUAAAAUUACUGCCACAGAUGGUGAGAACUUUUCUGACCCGAUGUUUGUUAACAUAUCAGUUGUUCAUGGGAAAUCUCCUCCAAAAAGUUUCAACUGUAAAGACACAAGAGUUGCCCAAAAGUUAGCCGAAAAGUUACUCAAAAAGUCCAAAGCUAGCACCAAGCCCCAAAUUGAGGAAGGUUUUAUUGACCUUUUCUCUGUCAAUCGGCAAACACCCCAGUUUGACAAAGCUUUUCCCACAGAUAUUGCUGUGCAGGAAGACCUAAAGGUUGGCUCAAGUGUAUUCAAGGUGAAUGCCUUUGAUGGUGACACAGGUUUCAAUGGUCAGAUUCUAUACGCCAUUUCAGAUGGAAACACUGACAGCUGUUUUGCCAUCGACAUGGAGACUGGCCUUAUCAGUGUCUUCCUGCCCAUGGACAGGGAAAAGAGGGAUCGCUAUCUUCUCAAUCUGACUAUCUAUGACCUUGGCCUGCCACAGAAAACUGCUUGGCGUUUGCUUACUGUCUACAUAGAGGAUGCUAAUGAUAAUGCACCCCAGUUUUUGCAAGAAGGAGGCUAUGUAAUUGUCAUACCUGAAAACACUGCCAUAGGUACAGAUGUUAUCCAAGUUGAUGCCACUGACAAAGAUCUUGGACCUAGUGGGGAGAUUGUGUACUCAGUUUUGACCAGCACCACUCAGUUUGGUAUCAAUUCCACUAAUGGGAUAGUGUAUGUUGCUGGCCAACUAGACAGAGAGUAUGUUUCAGCUUUCAACCUGAAAAUUCAGGCUCGGGACAAGGCAGAGAAAGGGAGCCAAAAGUUUUCUGUGACCACUUUGAAAAUCAUAUUGGAGGAUGUGAAUGACUGCCCCCCACUAUUUAUUCCCAAUGUGUACAAAGCCAGAGCUCUGGAGGAUCUUCCAGUAGGAACUGUUGUAGCCUGGUUAGAAACCCAGGACCCUGACUUAGGGCUAGGAGGCCAGGUCCGGUAUUCUCUAGCCAACGACUACAAUGGAUGGUUUGAAGUAGACAGGGCCAGUGGGGCUAUUCGGCUGACAAAAGAGCUGGACUAUGAGACCCAGCAGUUCUACAACCUCACUGUGAAGGCCAAAGACAAGGGAAGGCCUGUUUCUCUUUUGUCUGUCACCUUUGUGGAGGUUGAGGUAGUUGAUGUGAAUGAAAACCUCUACACUCCAUACUUUUCCCACUUUGCCAUGACUGGAUUAGUUAAAGAGAAUGCCAGGAUUGGAACUACCCUACUCCAAGUCACCGCUAAUGAUGACGAUGCUGGCAGAGAUGGAGAAAUCCAGUACUCCAUUCAUGAUGGGAGUGGGCUUGGACGAUUUGCCAUUGAUGAAGAGACAGG